CUGGACGGGACGCUUCUUCAGGAACAACAACACGGCUACUCUUUCAAUCACCUCGGUAGCUUGCUAGCUAACUUAAAUGCUAAACAUUGACGCUUUAGACCAUGUUAAUGUACAUUAGCUAAUCUCAGUGUUGUAAAGGCAGUCCAAUUGACGUAUCUACUGUUUAACUUUAAGCUAAUGUGGUUGUUCAAUUUGCAAACUUGUUAAAGAGUGAUACUGAGCCUAGCACUAGGCAAGUCGCUAAUGUUAACUAACUAACUAACAUCCCUGACCAUGAGUUCACUAAACUACUCCUACCUUGGUAAAUACGAGGAUGUCUACUGGACGGAGAAAGAAGCUCUAGAGCUUAACAUUGUCGUAAAAGAAGAAGAAGAGGAGGAUAUUACAGUGAAAGGAGAGGAAGAAGCUUUCAGAAUGAAAAAGGAGGAAGAGGAGGAUAUCACACUGAAAGAACAGGAUGAGGGUAUUACAGUGAAAGAUGAGAAAGAACCUAUUGUAGUGGAAGAGGGGAUAGAGGCUGUCACAGUGGAAGAGGAGGUAGAAGCUUUCAGAAUGAAAAAGGAGGAAGAGGAGGCUGUUAAAGUGAAAGAAGAAGAGGAUGUUGCUGUGAAAAAAGAUAAAGAACCUUUAGGAGUGAGAGAGGGGAUAGUAGCUUUCAGAAUGAAAGAGGAGGAUGUUAUAAGGGAAAAAGAGGAAGAACCUUUUAGAGAGGAAGAGGAUGCUAUCUCAAUAAAGGUGAAGGAGGAAGAUGUCUUGGGAGUGAAAGAGGAGGAGACAGAAGAUCAGAUUAACACCAAAGAGAGACAUGACUAUCGUGGAUCCUCUGGGGAGCCUCAACAACAUCCUGAUGCUGACGAGGCAGAGAAGAGUCUCUCCAGAUCAGAACACCAGAUGGACAACGCUAGCCCUUCCGCCCUCCUGGAGUCCCCGUGUCAUGCCUCUCCCGGUAGCACCUUACUGCUGGGUAUGAAGAGGGUGUCUGUGCUGCUGGUGGAAUGCAGGAAAACAACGGGGCUGAGUGGAACUGUGAGAGGAGGAGAAGAGAAGAAAGGAUCAGAUUUGACUCAUCAAAGAGAAAGACCAGACUCGGAGGAACCAGAGCCAGGGAUGUCCAAACCAGCAAGAAGACACCAAUGUUCCCACUGCGGAAAGGGUUGUAACCACUUAUGUGAGCUGAAACGACAUGAGAGAAUACACACAGGGGAGAAGCCUUACCACUGCUCCCAAUGUGGAAAGAGUUUUAGCAGUAAAGGAUACCUGAACCAACAUGAGAGAAUACACACAGGGGGGAAGUCUUACCACUGCUCCCAGUGUGGAAGGAGUUUUAACCUGUUAGGAUACCUGAAACGACAUGAGCGAGUACACACAGGGGAGAAGCCUUACCACUGUUCCCAGUGUGGAAAGGGUUGUAACCUCUUAUGGGAGCUGAAACAACAUGAGAGAAUACACACAGGGGGGAAGCCUUAUCACUGCUCCCAGUGCGGCAAGAGUUUUAACCUCGUAUGGCACCUGAAACAACAUGAGAGAAUACACACAGGGGAGAAACCUUACCAUUGCUCGCAGUGUGGAAAGAGUUUUAACCAGAAAGGACACAUGAAAGCUCAUGAGAUAAUACACACAGGGGAGAAGCCUUACCACUGCUCCCAUUGUGGAAAGAGUUUUAGCCAUUUAAGGAACCUGAAAGCCCAUGAGAUAAUUCACACAGGGGAGAAGCCUUACCACUGCUCCCAGUGUGGCAAGUGUUUUAACCAGUUAGGGGCCCUGAAACAACACAAGAGAAUACACACAGGGGAGAAGCCUUACCACUGCUCCCAGUGUGGAAAGUGUUUCAACGGGUCAGGGGAUCUGAAAAAACAUGAGAGAAUACACACAGGGGAGAAGCAUUACCAUUGCUCCCAGUGUGGAAAGUGUUUCCACCGGUCAGGGGAGCUGAGAAAACAUGAGAGAAUACACACAGGGGAGAAGCCUUAACACUGCUCCCAGUGUGGAAGGAGUUUUUACCAGAACUCGAUAAAAUACACAGAGGGGAGAAGCCAUACCACUAAUCCCAGGGUGCAAAGCUUUUGCCCAUUUAGGAUGCCUGAAAGAACACAUGAGACUGCACACAGAGGAGAAGGCUUACAAAAGCUCAGACUGUGGGAAAACAUAUUACUCAUAACAGUCACUUAAACGUCAUUAGACAAUCCACACAGGAGAGAGAAAUUACUUCUCUUAGCGUGUAUGUUGAUAUUUCACAUCUCAUUGACUCAAAACUCAUCAGAGAACGUACACAGUGCUCCUGUUGUCUUAUAUUGUUGACUGAUAAUGUUUUUACCUGUUUUUACCAUAUGAAAUUGCUUCUUCCAAUUAUUGAUAAUUAAACGUCAUUAGACAAUCCACACAGGAGAGAGAAAUUACUUCUCUUAGCGUGUAUGUUGAUAUUUCACAUCUCAUUGACUCAAAACUCAUCAGAGAACGUACACAGUGCUCCUGUUGUCUUAUAUUGUUGACUGAUAAUGUUUUUACCUGUUUUUACCAUAUGAAAUUGCUUCUUCCAAUUAUUGAUAAACAUGUACCUGUUAAGAAACUGACUGUUAGAACUGUUAAGGCUCCAUAGAUUGAUGAGGAAUUGAAAAACUGUAUAGUUGAAGGAGAUGGGGCAAAAGGAGUGGCUAAUAAGUCUGGCUGCACAUCUGGCUGGCUUACGUACUGCAAAUUGAGAAAUGAUGUGACCAAACUCAACAACAAAAAUUCACUUUAUUAUGAAGCCAAGAUCAAUGAUAUAAAGAAUGAUGGAAAAAAAACUCUGGAAGAAAAAACAUAAUGAAAGAAUAGCAGUGCAAGUAUUGAAUUUUAAUUAAUUAAUUUAAUUUAAUCCUAGUAAAUAUUCCCUGUUUUAGGUUAGUUAGGAUCACCACUUUAUUCUAAGAAUGUGAAAUGUCAGAAUAGUAGUAGUAGAGAGAGAUUUAUUUCAGCUUUUAUUUCAUCACAUUCCCAGUGG